AUGGCACCAAAUGGAAUCAAUGGACAGAAUGGCGAGCCAGUAUCGCAGUCGGGCAAGAAGCGGGUGCUCAUCGUCGGCGCAGGUGCUGCAGGCAUGUCGGCGGCUCAUCACCUGUCGCAGCACCGUGACAAGUUCGACGUGACGCUUAUCGACGCCGUCGAUUACUGCGGCGGCCAGGCCUUCUCGAUCCCCCUGGACAAGGAACGGUACGGCGCCUCGUGGUGCAACCAGGGCGUCCAGGGCGGCUCUUACAUCUUUCAUCACACGUUCACCAUGUUUAAUCGCCAGGGCUACCAGGCUGACCCUGUCAACCUGCACGUGUCCUUUGGCAAGGACGAGACGUUUUGGACCAACGUCUUCCCGACCAAGGUGUUGGCCGAACACCAGAGUGAGGUCCGGCGCUUCGCCAAGGUCUUGAAGUUGAUGCGUUGGUUUGAGGUCUUCUUCGCCUUACUGCCUCUGCGGCUCGUCCUUAAGAUGUUCUUCUUCUCCGAGGAUUUUAUCAAUAUCGUCGCUCUGCCCAUGACUGCGCUCUUUCUUGGCACUGGAAACGCGACGCCCGAGGUCCCGGCUGUCAUGCUCGAGCGGCUGUGCACGUCUCCGACUUAUGGCAUGUGGUACCCGGCCAACGAGAACACGGUUGUCGACAACAAGCCGCCAAUGGUUGUGUUCCCCAACUUUUCCGAGUUUUACAGCACGUGGAAGCAGGAUCUCGAGUCGCGCGGCGUGACGGUGCGUCUGUCAACCGAGCUGGACGAAGUUGUCGAGCGCAGCAAGAAGGGCGUCACGGUGCGUCUGCGCGCAAGGCGACCAGCUGAGGACUCGCAUAACCCCGCCGGCGCCGAUCAGGACAUUCCGCCGCAGGACGAGUUCUUCGAUGAGCUGGUGCUUUGCACGCUGGCGGACACGGCCAAGCGUGUGCUCGGCAAGACGGCGUCGUGGCGCGAGCGCAAGGUGCUAGGGUCGGCCAAGUUUAGCGACGAUAUCACCAUCACGCACAACGACUCGGACUACAUGAAGAAGCACUAUGAGAACUUUUACCGCGAGGACCUCGCUGUCCGGGAUACCAAUGGCGUCGACCAGACGGGACGGCUCGAAGAGGCGAGAACGAGCUUCCGACCAAUGUACUACAUUAAGAUGUACGACCAGGACCGACAGAAGCUCGAAAUGUGCUUCGACACGACAAACUACCAGUCGCAGUUCCCGGAGAAGGUGCCGUUUGAGCAGCACGUGUUCCAGACCAUCUACCUCAACAAGGACCGCGACAGCGAGCUGUGGUCGGACAACGAGAUUGCCGAGGACAAGAUCAUCCGCAAGGACUGGUGGCACCAGCUGUGCCACAGCUACACGCACUACCUGCUCGUCGUGCCCUGGAUCAUGUUCCUGCAGGCGCGAAACAGCGUGCGUUUCGGCGGUUCGUGGACGCUCGUCAACGCCCACGAGGUCGCCAUCAUCUCGGGUCUCGCGGCCGCCGUGGAUCUGGGCGCCGACUACCCCGAGGAUCUCGAGAAUGACCGGUUCGCGUUCCUGUGCUUCCGUCUGUAUUAUCUUCUCGGCUACGGCAAGUGGUACCGCCGCAAGUAUAGCAAGGGCGCGCCGACGACGCAGCUCGCCAGAGACGGAGCCAGCUGGCCGACGAGCACGUACGGAGGCGUCUACCAGGGCCCUGGUGUCGCGACUCAGGAGCGGAGGUGCUGGAGGCAGGAGAUGAAGACUGGAAGGAGCACCGACAAUCUUGCGCAGGAUAAUGGCGGUAGAAGUCAACCUUGA